AUGGCAAACAUAUUUGCUUCACAAAAACAACAUUCACUCUUUCCAAUCACAGGUGGUUCCAACAGCAGCCCCAGAAUCAGCAAAGACGAUUAUCGGCUGUUUUACCAAGAAGAGCGCGCGUUAUUCACAUUCUUGUAUAUGAUCAUGCAAAAAGAGGUGAUCGAGUCGAUGCUCGUCAUAGGAUUUCUGAUAUGGUUGGAGAGAGAAGGAUAUACUUCCUACAAUCUGGUCCAAAAGAUGGUUAACCGUUUGACCGUAGAGGUGAUCACCCUUAUUGUUGAUCACAUUGUUAUAUGCCUCAAGUUGAUGCAAACAAAUAAUUCUAGUAAUAAUAAAGCAUAUAACACGUUGGCAAGUUGUUGUGACAUAUCACUCCUCGAAAGUUUCCUUGAUAGAAAAAGUAUACAUCUAGAGGAGUUUUAUCACAAUGGAGAUUUGGUUUUUGAACAAGUGUUUUGCAUAGGCCGGGAGGUUUGUGUCAAGGCGUUUGAUGACAUCAUCCUUGACCAAUCUGUAAGGCGUAGUGGCGGUAAACCGUCUAUGAUGAUUCAAUUCCCAAGAGAUGCUACUGUUCGAUGCCUUGUUGAUGCAAACCAAUUUAUGAGAACUUGUAUGGAAUACCAACAAAUGGGAAGCAGUAGUAGUAGUAGUGGUGGCACAUAUAAUAAUAUUCAUCAUCAAUAUGCUGCUCUUGUUCCUCCUAUAACUGACAGCCUAUCUACAAAUUUGAGGCAGAAGAAAGCAUACGAUGGAUCCCGUGCUCUUUCACUGGUAAUAAGGGAUCAAGAAGAAGAUCAGGAACAGGUCGUACCACCAGAAGAUCGAACCAUCUUCCUUACCUUCUCCAAAGGGUAUCCCAUUCCAGAGAAUGAAGUUAGGGAAUACUUCACUAGAAUGUUUGGGGCUUUUAUUAUAUCCAUCCAUAUGCAAUCUGUUGACCCGGAUGAUCAACCACUGUAUGCGCGAAUUGUGGCUCGCUCUCCAUCAAUGGUCAGGGCUGUAGUCGAGAGAGAUGGUCCGCACGGAAAAUCAAAAUACACAAUCAAUGGGAAGCAUGUUUGGGCACGCAAAUUUGUGCCCCGGACAUCCUCAUCAUCACACUGCAGGGAGUCUACACUACACUACUCAUGA